AUGGCACGCUCGGGGGCUGACUCGGCCUCGUCGUGGUCGUCAUGGGGCUGGUCGUCGUCGUCGGGCAAGUCGCCGCUCAAGAACCGCCGCCGCAGCCCUACCCCGCAGGCUUCUGCCCUCCGCCGCAUGGCUGACACUGGCUCGUCGCUCACCUGGGAGUCGUCGGUCUUUGAUCUUUCCGACUCGGGGGAGGCCGACUCGGAGGCGGCCGGUGUUCGGGCGGCCGGUGCGAGCGCAGCAGCGAGCCAUCGUGCCGUCGUGCCUGAGUCGACGUCGGCCUCGGCCUCGUUCUCGGUCUCGGAUCUGGACAAAGGUGCAGAGCCGCGGAUGGGCGUUGAGCGGCGGCAGCCGCAGCGGCGGCAGCGGCGGCGGCGGCGGCGGCGCAAACGCAAGCACAAGCUGCCGCUGCGGCUGCGGCCCGAUGCGCGGCUUGAUGCGCUCGGCUUUGUCCGUGGCUCGCCGUCGGCGUCGCGCUGGCCGGACUCUGCGCCUGCGGCUCGGACCAAGCGGGCCGGCAAGUGGCUGGCGAUGGUGGACAAGGCCCACGCAGGAGGCAAGGCGCUUCGGGAGAUGAGCAAAGCCAAGAAGCGGGCGCGCAAGGGCGUGCCGGCCGAGGUGCGGUCGGUCGUGUGGCCGGCGCUUGCCGGCGCCGACGCGUAUGUCGCCCGCUACGACGAGCUGCUAUUGCAGACGCCGGCCGAGCCGGAGCGAGUUCAGAUUGUCAAGGAUCUGCAUCGAACUUUUCCGCACCACGCCGGCUUUCGUGGCGUCGGCGGCCCACUUCAGUCUGCACUGGGGCGGGUUCUCUCAGCAGCUGCCCUGAUGCGGAACGACGUUGGGUACUGCCAGGGCAUGGCCUCACUUGCUGGUCUCCUGUUGCUGUACAUGAGCGAGGCCCACGCGUUUGCUACGCUUGUCUCGAUGUGCGACUCUGGGCCAGACGCGGUCUACGACGUCGGCGCUGCUGCCAACCUCUACGCCACCCCCUGGUUCAUGACCCUCUUCACCGGCGCCCUCCCCGGCGCACACUGCGUCCGCAUCCUCGACGCCUUUCUCGCCGAGGGCAAGAAGAUCCUCUUCCGCAUCGCGCUUGCCCUCACUGCCUACGUCCGCUCUGCCGUUCUCGCCUGCUCCGACAUGGGCGAGGCUAUGAUGGCCUUCCGCGCCCUCGACGGCCACUACGAUUUGUCGCCCGACGAGCUUAUGGCCGUUGCCCUCGACAUCGAUCUCACCAACGCCCAUCUUGACGCCGUCAUUCCUCCUUGGUCCACUACCUGA